AUGUCUGCAGCUAUAGGAACUAAUAGCAAUCACCGUCAUUUCACUAGAAGAGUUUCUUUCAACAAUCUCAAUCCUGACUACAUUGACGAUAUACAUCUACCACCUGUUAGUGGAAAGUCCUCAGUCAGCUAUGAACAAGACCCGAACUUCGGAUAUGGAGCAGCAGUCUUCAAAGACAUCACUAAAUUGUACAACACUACUUCAUUGAGCGGAGUGAGCCAUUUCAAGAAAAAACAUAAAUUACCUGACCCUCCAUCCAAAUCUAUAUUGAAGAACAGAAGCCCCGCUACUGGUGAUGCUGUGCUCAAUGACCUGGAAGGAAUAAACUACCACGAGGUACCAGAUUUGGACUCUGAUAGUGCAUCUGAAGGUGAGGAGCCGUCACCACGUCUGAGUAGCUCCCACUUGCAGCCUCAUGCACAGCCUAGAAGGAAAUCUUACAGUGAAAUGACAGACGAAGAGUUGAUUGCAUUGGACCCGCAGUUCUCAACUACGAGGUCUAAGACAAGUAAUAUGUCUCAGUUCAAAUUCGAUUCGCAAUCAGCGUAUUACAGUUCGGGGAAUAAGAGAUUAUCUGUUGCUGCCAUUAAUAAUGCUCGAAAUGUUUAUCCGUCCUCCAAUGAAAACAAUUACAACUCAAUAACUUUGACUGUAAAGCAUGAGGGGUAUGAUGAUGUGGAAAUUAAACGAACUAUACUCACGGUAAUAUCAGGAAGAAGGCACUCAUGGAGCUCGUUGGAUUGGUUACUCGAUAGAGGUGAAAGUGCAGGAACUCUGAAAUUUUUGGAGAAUGGAGACCAUCUUGUGGUUGCAAGUUACAUUCCAUCGAAGUACUGGAGGAAUUCUGACUCGUGUAAAAAGGAUUUGGAUGACUUUUUAUAUCGCAAGUGUGAUAACAUUCUUAAUUAUGUAAUAGAAAGUCUACCAGCGGGCUUGAAAGUUAAAAUAACAAUUGAACUAGUUUCAGAUAGAAAUGCCAGUGAGUUAUCUGGCAGGAAGCUUUUGAUGGGUAAUAAGUUUAUGCUAUCUCAUUUAUACAAGCAAUAUCUUCCAACGCUAAUUGUAAUGGGAAACAAGUCUUCUAAUUUGAAUUUUAAAUAUCCUAAAAAGUUGAAGACUAAUCAGAAUGAUAAAGAUGAAUACAUAAUAAAAAUAAGUUCUUAUAUCAUAAAAUAUUCUACCAUACCCGUGAUUUUAGUUGGUAGUAGUUUACAAAACGAUGCGAUACGAAGAACAUCAAAUGUGACGAUCGCGUUCAACUCAAAUCAUUCUUCUUAUAAAGGGGAUCACAGUACGUCUUCAUCAAACCAAUCUAUCGAGCUGCUCAAUGAGAAUGGUAGAUCUGCGUUAGCAAAACAAAUAGAAAAUUUAGCUUCAUCUGAAGACGAAGAGAGAUUUGAAAAAAUGUUACAGAUAAUCUCAGAUACUUCUCUCCAUGAUUCCAAUAAAUAUUUGGAAGCUAUCAAAUCCAACGACGAUCAUAUGAAAAUUGACUCUAGAAUUCAUACGAUUUAUCGAAGUCAGACGAACAAUAGUUCUCGUAACAGACGUGGAAGCAAUGGUGACAGUAUUUAUAAGGUCAAAAGUUUGAUAUCAUAUGACGAAGAUGAUGAAGAAAAAAAUAGAAAGAAAAGAAUAGAAAAGAAAAAGCUGAUAGAUAAAAAAGGCGAUGGAAAUGGUCUUAAAGGAAAGAAGAAGUCAUUUUGGAAAAAAUUGGGAUUAAGCAAAUCAUAA